AAUUAAGCAAUACAAUACGAAGCAAGCUGCUGGUUUCUGUUCUCCAGUUAAGCAAUGGCUGCACCAGGCAUCGGCACUACUCCUAGUCCUAGCUUAUCUAGGUCGCUCGUUGUAGUGCCUAUGGGGAUCCUCUACCUGUUAUUCAUCUGCCCAAGUAUAAUUGAUGCCGCCCCGGUUUCAAGAAGUGCCAGAUUAAUCCUAAAUCAAGAACAACAUGCCGUACGUUCGACGAUCAACCACCAGGACAUGGAACAAGGAAAGAUGAUGAGUCUGGAAGAGGAAGUAGGGAUGAUGACAACAUCAACAAGCAUGGUGCAGCGGAGGGCGGUGGAGCUAAACGACUACCCGGGAUCCGGAGCCAACAACCGCCACACCCCUCGCCAACAGUUCGGCAGAUGCGUCGACUGCUGAGUUUACUAUUAAUUGCCAUUUUUUUUCCUGAAUUAUUUGUAGCUCAUCAUUGAUUAGAAAAGGAGAGGGC